AUGUAUGACAAAUGGCACAAGGUGAACGGCAAGGUGGAGUCAGCGGUCGUGCAGGACGGCAGGAUCCAGCAGGUCGGCGGGUCCCUGCUCAUCCGACAGGUCACGGCGGCCGACGCAGGACGGUAUGUGUGCGUGGUGUCCAGCAGCGUGGGUUCCGAGCGUGCCCACACCAGUCUGGAGGUGUGGGCGCCCCUGACUGCCCACAUCACGCCCCAGGUGCAGACGGUGGACGUGGGCGGCAGGGCGACCUUCAACUGCUCCCCCGAAGGCUUCCCCCAGGACACUAUUACCUGGUUCAAGGACGGUGAGCCGCUGCAGGUGAGCGAGCGGGUGCGUCUGGUGGGUCAGCGCACUCUGGUGGUGGAGGAGGUGAAGAGGCUGGACCGGGGCAUGUAUCAGUGCCUCGUGUCCAACCUAGAGGGCGCCGCUCAAGGCUCCGCGCAGCUCAAACUGGGAGGUGAGUGUGAGAGGGAGAGGGAGGGAGGGAGAGGAGUGAAUGAAGGAGGGAGAGAGAGAGGGACCCAGACCCAGACGCAGCCUCCCCAGCUCAGUGACCCUGGGGCGUGCGGCAGCGCUGGUGUGGGGUGUAGUGAGGGGCCUGGGUGGGCCGUGUCAGGGAGGUGA